AUGAAAAGGAAGAGAGAGCCUUCUAAGAAGUCAAAUAAGUCGAAGACUCUGAAGCUGGGAGAACCGUCAGCUACUAGAUCUCUUGUGCCUCUGGACUCUUCUGUUUCAACCUUACUUCUGAAUGAACCCAUAUCACCUCUCUCCUCAACUCCUUUUUCACCGCCAUAUUACGACAUAUCUUCUAACUCUGAACAACCAGAAAUCCCUGACCCUUCAUCUCCACCAUUGGCCCAACUCCAAGCUAUAACACUAUCUAACCAACCUCCAUCUAUCCCAGAUACCCCUGUGCCUUCUUCUUCUGAACCUCAAACAGAACCACCUUCUAAAACUCAAAUAGAACCAUCUUCUGCACCUCAAACAGAACCACCUUCUGAACCCCCAACUAAACAACCCUCUGAACCUCCCACUGAAACCACCCACACUUCAUUAGAACCCAUUAAUCCAUCAUCUGAACCUGAACCAACCUUCCUUACCCUGGAAGAGUCAGUUGCUUUAUUUUCAGAAUCUUCAAAUAUGAAGCUCAGAACACUGUCUGAACAAUCCAUCCUAAGUGAUAAUCCCUCUGAAGUGAGGAAUCAAUGGAAUGGAUUACUUAGAUGGAUGACAUCUGAGGUCUUCAAGCUGAAAGGCCUCUCUAAACAAGUCAGAAAUGACUAUAUCAGAGAAGCUGGGGAGAGGAUAGAGGCUCGUCUGGCCAGAGAAACUGAAGAGAAAGCACACCAGGAAGCUGAAGAAAAGGCAAGACUGAAAGCUGAAGAGUUGGCACGAAGGUAG